GACCAAUAAGGACAUGAUAUCGCUCGGUGCAUAGGAAAGGAUGAAACAGGCUGUGGUUGAUGACACUGAGGAUGUGUCCCUGGAUUUGGGGAAUGAAGAUGAACUGUCUCUGAGGAAGGCAAAAAUCAGGCAUCCCCUGGCUACAUUUUUUCACCUGUUUUUUCGAGUUGGCGCUGUUGUCGCCUAUUUGUUCUGCGACUGGUUCAGCAAAAGCUUUGUCGUCUGUUUUGUAACUAUUCUGCUCCUUCUGUCCAUUGACUUUUGGUCCGUUAAGAAUGUCACAGGGAGACUUUUGGUUGGUUUACGCUGGUGGAAUCAAAUCGACGAAGAUGGGAAAAGUCACUGGAUUUUUGAAGCUAAAAAGGCAGCUACUAAUAAUUCCACUUCGACAGAGGUGGAGGCAAGAAUCUUUUGGCUGGGUUUGAUUAUUUGUCCUAUGAUUUGGACCGUAUUCUUCUUCAGCACAUUAUUUUCUUUGAAGUUAAAAUGGCUGGCUCUUGUGAUUGCAGGAAUAUCUCUUCAGUCUGCAAAUCUUUACGGUUAUGUGCACUGCAAAGCAGGUGGUCAACAAAACGUAGGCAAGACAGCGUCAAGACUUCUAUCUCAACAGCUCUUCCAAAGAACACUCUGAACUCAAGCACUCGCCAAGUCUUCUUCAGAUAGAGACAUCUAAGAGGCUACAUAAUAGCUGAAAUUAUUAAUAGCAAAGUAGACACAGAUAUGUACGUGACGGCGCCUUAUGAUGCUUUGACCAUAAAACAUUAAAUUAUUGCUGUUUGUACACACA